AUGACAGCCUCCGUGCUCCUCCACCCCCGCUGGAUCGAGCCCACCGUCAUGUUCCUCUACGACAACGGCGGCGGCCUGGUGGCAGACGAGCUCAACAAAAACAUGGAAGGGGCGGCGGCGGCGGCAGCGGCGGCGGCGGCGGCGGCGGCGGCCGGGGCGGGGGGCGGGGGCUUCCACCACCCGGCCGCCGCCCACGCGGGGGGGAACUUCUCCGUGGCCGCGGCGGCCGCGGCGGCGGCGGCGGCCGCGGCCAAUCAGUGCCGGAACCUGAUGGCGCACCCCGCGCCCCUGGCCCCCGGAGCGGCGGCCGCCUACAGCGCCCCGGGGGAAGCACCCCCAUCCGCCGCCGCUGCAGCCGCCGCCGCAGCCGCCGCCGCAGCAGCAGCCGCCGCGUCCUCGUCGUCGUCGUCCUCGGGCGGCCCCGGGCCCGCGGGGGCGGCGGGCGCCGAGCCGGUCAAGCAGUGCAGCCCCUGUUCCGCAGCCGCGCAGAGCUCGUCGGGCGCCGCCCUGCCCUACGGCUACUUCGGCAGCGGUUACUACCCCUGCGCCCGCAUGGGCCACCACCCCAACGCUCUCAAGUCGUGCGCCGCCGCGGCUCAGCCCGCCUCGGCCGCUGCCGCCGCCGCCGCCGCCGCCUUCGCUGACAAGUACAUGGACACGGCUGCCGGCCCUGCCGCCGCGGCGGCCGAGGAGUUCAGCUCCCGCGCCAAGGAGUUCGCCUUCUAUCACCAGGGCUACGCGGCGGGGCCCUACCACCACCACCAGCCCGUGCCCGGCUACCUGGAUAUGCCCGUGGUGCCGGGCCUCGGGGGCCCCGGCGAGCCCCGCCACGAGCCGCUGGGGCUGCCUAUGGAGAGCUACCAGCCCUGGGCUUUGCCCAACGGCUGGAAUGGCCAGGUGUACUGCCCCAAAGAGCAAGGCCAGCCUCCCCAUCUCUGGAAGUCCACUCUGCCCGAUGUUGUCUCACAUCCUUCGGAUGCGAACUCCUACCGAAGGGGAAGGAAGAAACGGGUGCCUUACACCAAGGUCCAAUUAAAAGAACUCGAAAGGGAAUAUGCUACAAAUAAAUUCAUUACUAAGGACAAACGGAGGAGGAUAUCAGCCACGACGAAUCUAUCCGAGCGACAGGUCACCAUCUGGUUCCAAAACAGGAGGGUCAAAGAGAAAAAAGUCAUCAACAAACUCAAGACGACAAGUUAAUGGAUUUUUUUUUUAAUGGAGAGAAGAGGCGACUCUUCUGCAGAAAGUUGCCGAACUCGUUGCCUUGCAUACAUUCAGAUAAUAAUUAAUAAUAAUGAAAACGAUCGGAGGAGAGACAGUGGCCCUCUUCUUUCCUAAAGAGAUAGCUGUGUCUUUGAUGGAACCUGUAAUGUUUUUGGAAAAAACAAAACCAAAAAACCUUACGAUAAGAAACAGUUAAGACUUCACAGUUCUCCUGAAAGCCCAAGCUGACUGACUGUUAAUGCCCAACUCUAGAACCCAAACGCCAACCCCCAAAUACGCAAUUUCAGAUAAGUUACGCAUUUACUGAAAUCCUGUAAGUAUUUAUGUGACCUUUGCAUUUUAGGACGCUCUCUUAAACGGUUAGAAAAUGAAAGCUGGUGAAAUUCACGAGGUCAUGGUCAACAUCUGCCUUUAUUAAAAAAAAAAAAAAGUUCCCCCUAUGUUUCCGAUCCCAGUGUAUGUGGGAUGGCUGCUCAGGUAACUAAAUCCGAAUGAAAAUGUCCACUUGCUGGAUGGUAAAGCUAAUGCGCUUGUUUUAUUUUAUUUUUUUAAUGCAUAGACAGAGAGGAAAGAAGGUACUGGAAUCCUGAGGGCAGAAAUAUCAAGAGAAAGGGGGAGAGGGCAGGGAAAGAGACAGCAUUGGGGAAGGAAGAUUUCUAGUCUGGGUGGUGAAGACAGCCAAGCCAAACUCUGAAGGAUAGGAAGCAAAUGUCUGCUUAGAAAAAUCCUUAGAAGCAAUUUUAAUUGCUGCUAACAAGCAGAUAUAGUGGCAUUUUCGGACUGUAUUUCCUGCCUUUCCAAAACCAUUGAUUUUCCAAAGGACUCCACAUCUUUUAAUACGCCUUUGCUCUCCCAAGACACCUUCUAGCCUAAUCCUGUAAGGACCACCAAACAACAUCAUAAUUCGGAAAAAAAAAAGACAAACAAAAAACCCCAAACCUUCCAACUCUUGUUAGAUCACGGAUAGAGUACUGUUAGAAUUGGCCUUUUCUAUUUGACGAAGCUUUUUUCUGGAGAAAAAAAGGGGGGCUAGAAAACUCAGAGCCGAAAUCCAUUCUUGCCCCCCAGAAAUAUUUUGAUUUCUAUAAUCUAUAUUUUGAUCAUUUAAGUAAUUAGUUUUUUUCCUUGUUAUAUCUGUUAUAAGACCGCAUUAGGCAGUGUUAGGGAUUCGUCUUACAGCACCUUUUUAACCAAUCAGUUAUUUCAACCAGCACAUUAGAUUUGUUCUUAUUCACUAUCAAAAAAAAAAUGCUAUCUUGUAAAUAAAGACAUUCAGCGCACUGUGAACGAUGUAUCUGUGCACCCUCAUUUUUUUUAUAUUUCUACUGAAAAUGAAAAAAAUUCUAAGACAUGUAGAUAGCGAUCUAGUGAUGUUUAUUCUGUUAAUAAAAUAGUCACUGCCAU